AUGGAGGUCAAGACAAACGUUGAUGAGAGUACUGGUCUUUUGAGUGACCUAGACGAAGAAGACUUCGUGAAGGUGCAGAAUGCGAGUUUUGAACCUUCAAGGGACGAAGGCGAAGAAGACUUACAGCAGGAUAUCAAUAAAGACCUAAACUUGGAUCAGAAGGAUUUUGCGAGACUUGAUGACCCCGAGACUGGCUUGCCCGUCAAUACUGCCAAUCCGGAACUUUCCCAUUUUGCUGGAAAUGAUGCCCCUAAUGCGGAGAGGUCUUUUAUAGGCGACGAACCACAAGACCCCAACAAAAUAGAGUACGAAGACACAAACGAAGAGAGUGAGAAGGACGAGCAAGCCGCUUUUGAUAUGGAAAGCGUUGGUGAAUAUUACGAAGAGAAUGACGACCAGGGUGACACGGCUAACGAACUUGACGAUGAAAAACUAGAAGAGAAUGCGAAUCCUUCCGAUGAUGAAUUCCUUGAUGGCCAUUCUGUUAAGGACGAUGUUUCUGAAAAUGACGUAGAAUUGCUCGGGUCUAGACACGCCUCCGUCAUUGAAAUUGAUAGUGAGGACGAAAUUGAAAAUCUUGAAGAAAUCGAGGGAGACGAAAAGGCAUCCGGUAAAGCUUAUGAGCGCCGUGAAAAAUUGACUGUGGAAGCCAAGGUACCAUUAGAAAGUGUAACUGUGGAUACUGGUAUCACAAAGUAUGCUUUAAUCACAGAGCCAGACAACGGGGCCCAGAAUUCAGAGCUUCUGGCGCUUUUCUCCGAAGAUGAUUUAUUUUUUGAUCAUGGUGAAACGAAGCCUGUGACGUUAAAAGAUCUUAUUAAUCUAAUUGUGAAAUCUCAUGCUGUUCGUGAUUUACCGCUAAACAGGGUCGAUGACCGUUUACGAAUUACGUUCAAUAACAUAUUCACAGUCACUCAACACGAUUCACGUACGGAUAACAUCCUAUUCACUGAGGUUUUGAGCAUGGUGCGGCUCUAUACUGAACUCACUGAGGGUCAGCCUGGCCCAAUGACUAUCUCGCUUGAUAUUGAUGAGAAUCCGUUGGCGAAAUAUGAUAGACUUUGGGAAGAAAUUGAGUCUUCUAGGGGACCGGCAGCUUUGCGUGGUCGUACGCGAAAAGAUAUGGAGAGUGAUGAUUAUGAUGAAGCUACCAAAAAGCGGAAAAUUUCGGCUUCACUAGAUUGA